CAUGUGGCCGGAAGUCGGAGCAAUAUCGUCAUAGCAAGAUGGUGGCCACCAGGAGAGGAGUACUCGUGUGCUCCCCAGUUAAAACAAAAACAAAUUCCGAUGAAUCUCCUGAUGUUCCGGCCACCCCAUCCACCGCCCACAGAACAAGACGUGCAGCGAAACAAUCGCAAAACUCUGAGGAAGAAUCCAGAAAUCAGCCUCGGGAGAGCUCCGUAGAGUCCAUCCCGUCUUCACAGAACAGACGGCCGCUCAGAAGAUGCACGAAGCAUUCCCGGCUUCACAGUCCGCCGCAGCCCUCCACCCCAGCAGACUCCGACAUGGAGUCCGGCUGCUCUGCCCUGUCCGACAGCGAGCCUCAACCCCACAGCACCAAGAAUAUGGACGGUAAGGCCCAGCCACCCCCCACAACUAGCCAGGAGGGAGAGGCGGGCUCCGAGGCGGAGUCGUGCUCGUCGCCGGCGUCCGAAAAGCGGCGAACACGCCGGAGUAUUCGAGCGAGGAAAACCCCGGAAAAACCCUGCACGUCCCAGAGUGACCUAGGGGAACAGGAGGCCAGCGCCCAGAGGGCCACCCGGAGCACCCGAAGGAGCACCCGCACCAGGGCGUCGGCGAAGACGCCGGGGGAAUACAGCGAACUCUCGGAUGCCGACAGCUGCGCGUCCGGCUUUGCCGAAGGCCCGCCGUCCACCGUCCGAGCGACCCGUUCGGCCCGGCGCGCGCCCCUCAGCCAACCCAUCCCCCUCCACCUGGACGCGGCCUCGGAGGGCUCGCAGUCCCCCGCCCGCCGCACCAGGGGUAGACCCCGAGCCUCCGACCUGUCCUGCGACUCCGAGGGGUUCGAGUCCGGGCCGAGCACGCCGUCGCGCCGCAGCACCCGCGUCGGCGCCCGGUCCGCCGCCGCCACCGACUCUGACUCUGAGGUCCUCCAGGCGACCCUGGUCCAGAGCAGAGAGGCCAGGCUCUCUGUGGUCCUGGAGAGGGUUGUGGCGGCGGAGCCCGGCGAGGGCCCGCUGAACGAGUCCACGCUAGAGGACACGGUGGUGGAGGAUAAGACGGUCACCUUGGCCGAAGACGAGGAGCUGGAGCUUGGGGAGGAAGACGCGACGAAUGCCGACGUCAAGUCCGUCUGCGACGCGCCAGAGGCGGCUGAGACGAUCCGGGUCGGACAGGAGGGCAGUGUGGCGGUGUCUGUGGCGCCCGGCGACAGCGCGAUGGAGGACGCCGCCGCCGAGGCACCGCCGUCGACGGAGGGCAUCGAGGGGGGGGUCUCCGGCGAGAACGAGGACGUGACGUCCUCGGCAGGCGGUGAGGUGACCGCCGAUGACCAGCAGACGGAGGAAGAGCCGCCAACGACCCAGGAAGCGCCGCCAACGACCCAGGAAGCGCCGACAACGACCCAGGAAGCGCCGCCAACGACCCAGGAAGCGCCGCCAACGACCCAGGAAGCGCCGCCAACGACCCAGGAAGCGCCGCCAACGACCCAGGAAGAGCCGCCAACGACCCAGGAAGAGCCGCCAACGACCCAGGAAGAGCCGCCAACGACCCAGGAAGAGACGCCAACGACCCAGGAAGUGACGCCAACGACCCAGGAAGAGCUUCCCCAGGAACAGGAAGUGCCACCGUCGGUGCAGGAGGAGACGGAGGCGGCCUCAAAACCAAUAGAAAUAGAGGACAUGGAGGUGGACGCCUCAGACAAAGAAGCCCGGCAGGAAGAAGGCUCGGACCAGGCCAUCGUGCCGGAAGCCGAACAAGCCGAAGACCCGCCCAUUCAAGUGACCAGCAGCCAGGAACCCAAGGUCAAAGUGGAGCCCUUCCCGGAGCCCGCCCCCCAACGCCCCGAUGUGGUGGUCCAACAGAAGACGGCGGUCAUCAGCCUGCUGGACAGCAGUGAAGAAGAGGAGGAUGAUGAAGAGGUAGGCGAUGACUGCGUGAUUCAGGAGGAGGACGACGACGACAAGGUGGAAAUUGUGGAGAGGGCGGGUCCUUCAGCGCUUCCCGACGCCGCGGGGGCCGGCGGUCUGUUCAUGAUUGACACGCGGCCCGGGCAGGAGGCGGACCUGCAGUACCUCAAGGAGGGAGGGGAGGAAGAGGACGAGGACGAGGAGGAGGACUUUGUGGACGAAGAGGGGGAGGACGACGACGACGAAUACAACCGAAUGCUCUUCUAUAAUGGGAAUCCUCAGACGAAGGAGUGUUCCACUCGUAUUGACCCGGGCCUGAGAGCGAAGGAGCUCGGGGGAUUAUACAUCAAUUUCGAUGGCAGCAAAUCAAAACCUGUCUCCAACUCGCUGCGAAACCUGAAGGAUCCAAAGAUCCAAGAUGAGGCGAUGAAGAACAGCGUGUUGGGCCCCGAGUUUGAGAAGCAGAGCGCGGCGCCUGCCUACAACGAAGCCAAGCGGAGCUUGAAACUCAAACGCAAAGAGGAGCGCGACAAGUCGACCGGCGACGGUUGGUUCAACAUGAAGGCCCCCGAGCUCACGCCGGAGCUCAAGGCCGACCUCAAGGUCAUCAAGAUGAGGGGUGCCCUGGACCCCAAGCGCUUCUACAAGAAGAGCGACCGCGACGGCCUGCCCAAGUUCUUCCAGGUCGCUACCGUGAUGGACAGCCACGUGGACUUCUUUCAUUCCCGGCUUCCGAAGAAGGAUCGGAAGAGGACCAUGGCGGAGGAGCUGAUGGCCGACUCAGAGUUCAGACGGAAAAACAAGAAGAAGUACCUGGAGAUCAUGGCAGAAAAGACUGCGGCUGCUGCCGGCCGCUCUAAAAAGAAGAGGUUUAGUCAGAAGAAACCAGCAGCGGUCUGAGCGGGUCCAGGCAUUCAGAUCAUAGUUAUCUCACGCCUUCAUUCAUAAUGUAAACCAGACUCCCAAAGAGAGGCUUAGCCAUAAGCCUUCUGGGUCCUAUAUAAUAUAAAGAGUGUUUAGCAUCAAGAAUAUGAUACAUGCUUCCAGGAUUGAAUAAUUGCUAACAUGUGUAUUAAGUACACAGGUUUACUAAGUUGAGUGCAUUUUUUAUUAAUGAAUAAAAAUAUGUACACUCAUAUGAUUAUUCAAUGGAAACGAUUGUACUGUAUAACUGGAUGUUUGGCCACCAAUAAUCAAUCUUGCAAUAAAGUUUUUAGGUGUGCAUUU